UAUGUGCUGCAUGCCAAAAAAGUCAAUGAAAAAUAUAUUAUUAAGCCAACUUCAACCGACUAAACUUGAUCUACCUAAAAGAUCGAAGAGGCUGAAAUCAUUGACAGAUCGAGAUGGCGGCGGAGGCGGCAGUGUCCACGGCGGUGCUAAAGCUGGGCGAUUUGCUGACGCGGAAGGUGGAUCUUCUACGAGGCGGCGGCGUCAUCGGAGAGGUCCAGCAGCUGAAAGAUGAGCUCAAAGGGGUGCAGUGUUUCCUCAGAGACGCAUCGGGAAAGCAAGCCGACGACGUGGCAAUACGCGAUUGGAUAGCCGAGACCGGAGAGGUGGCUCACGACGCCGAAGACGCCGUCGAGGUAUUCAUUUUCAAGGUUGAGAGAGCAAGAAUUGUGCUUGCGAGUUUCGCUUCCUCUCUCAAACAUAAGUAUCUCCUCAAAAGGUUCAGUAGAUCGAUCAAUUCCAUCCGGAAAAGGCUCCGCGGCAUCGAGGGACGACGUUCGAGUCUCGGGAUUCAAGAUCUUGGCGAGAGGCCUAGCGACGGGUUAGAGUCGCCAAAGAGAUUACCAAAAUUGUCUGAGUGGCAAAAAGACAAACACAUGGUGAGCAUGGAGAAAGACAUAGAACUGGUGCUUGAAAAUGCAAUCUUGAAUGAGGGAGAUGACAUUUCCAUCUCCGGCAUCGUAGGCGAGGGCGGUACCGGGAAGUCUACACUUGCCAGGAUUUUAUAUAACCACGUAGCCGUGGCGGAUCGAUUUGAGCGGCGUGCUUGGGCUGUGGCUUCGAAGGAACGCAGGCCAAGAGACAUAGUGAAGGACCUAUAUUUGCAGGUUAAGAGUGGAGAAACGAUGGAAUGGGAAAUGAAUGUUUUGGAGGGAUUGGAAUUGUCGGAGCUUCAGCAACGGCUUUACAAACGGCUGGAGGGCAAAAGAUAUUUCAUAGUUCUGGACGAUAUGUGGGAUGACACGCACUGGAACGAUUCCCUCGCAGCAUGUUUCCCCGACGAAGGUACAGGCAGUAGGUUUCUGAUUACAAUGCAUACUCCAACUCUUGAAGACGACUCUGGAUUUGUUCAUACGAUGAAAUGUUUAGACUCGGACGAAAGCUGGAUCUUGUUCAUGAACACCGUAUCCGAUGGAAAAGGAGUAGAUCAAGAUUUGGAGGAUAUAGGAAGGCAAAUCUUGAACAAAUGCGACGGCCUUCCAUUAGCAAUCACCUUGGUAGGAGGCCUACUGGUAAAGCAGAAAAGGUCCAAGACUGAAUGGGAGAAAGUUCUAGAAGAAAUCGAGUCUCAUCUCAAUAGAAGCAGCAACGACGCCAUGCAAGCAAUACUGGAGCUAAGCUACCGAGAUCUAUCCGCAGAACUGAAACUGUGCUUCCUCUGUCUAGGCUUCUUCGAGGCGGGAGACACGAUCAACGCCCGAAAGCUCGUAGACGUGUGGAUUUCGGAAGGGUUCAUCCCUGAAGAAGGAGUGAAAACAAUGGAGGAGACGGCGAUGGCUUAUCUGGAAGAGCUGAUUGAUCGAAACAUGGUUCAAAUCAAGGACGUAUCCUUCGAUGAUCGCGUAAAGAGCUGCGUUGUGCAUGAUCUCGUUCGAGACCUAUCCAUCCGAAAAGCAGAGGAGGAAAUAGGGUUAGAGAUCGUAAACGAAGAUGGAGAAUCUUCAUCGCACAAACCCCGCCAUCGCGUCCUCGACUGCGGACAGGGAAGAUUCAACGAUUCCAUUUACGGAAACAAAGAGGUCCGGUCACUCGUGGUCCGGCGUGGGGCCCAGCCCUACCUCUUCACGGCAUCAUUCUCAUCUUACUGGAUGAGCUUCAUGCUCCUCAGGGUGCUCGACUUCGAAGGCUGUGUGUCAAUGACGCAGCUACCGGUUUCAAUAGGUGCAUUGAUCUCGUUGAGGUACUUGUGCUUGAGAAACACGGGCAUGCAGUAUAUCCCAAACUGGCUGCCUAGGCUCGUUAACCUCGAGGUUCUCGAUAUACGGGGACUCGUGUACAUCGAGUUGUCGGACAUUUUAGGAAAAAUGCGCCGUCUGCGCCGCCUCUACGCGUCCUCAUUCUAUUUCCAGAAGCCACCGGAGAUCACUAGUCUGAAAUUUCUCCAGACGCUGAGCUAUGUCAAUUUCUACGAUGCAAACAUAUACAAAGUGAAAGAUAUGACCACUCUUUCCGAGCUCGGAAUAAACCUAUUCCGAAUCUCGGAUUCAUGGCUGCUGUUCCACUCACUCGGGAAAUUGGAGAAUCUUGUGCAUCUCAAGUUGAAGUACUGUAAAACCCUAAAUCUGGACAUGCUCGGAUCCUUGAGCCGCGUCACGCGGCUCAAGCUUCACGGGGAGAUACCCGUUUUGCCCCCCUCCUUCCCUCCGAAUCUCUCUCAUCUCACUUUGGAUUGGUGUCGACUCAAAGAAGACGCCGUGCCCUUGCUGCAGAGCCUGCCCAAGCUGUCGCACCUCAAGCUAAAAAUCGCAUAUGAGGGCGCGGAGAUGGUGAUCUCGCACGAUGGAUUUCCGGCGCUUCAAGUCCUCGUUUUGCAGUCUUUGAGCAGACUAGAGAGCAUGCUAGUGGAGGAAGGUGGAAUGCCGGAGCUUAGGCGACUGGAGAUCAUCCGGUGCUCAUCGUUGGAGAGGCUGCCGGAAGAGAUGAUGAGGAAUCUUGAGGAGUUGAAGGUUGUGGCGAGCAAGAAGAUUGCAGCUAAGCUACGAGAUGAAGAUUCCCACAUGAUUUCCAAUAUUCCUUAUGUGCGAAUAAUUGGUGAUACAGGUUCAGAUUAACGUGUGGAAGAGUGAUAUGUUGAAAACAGACUAUGUAUAUACUUUCUUCAGUUUGUGAUAAUUUCUAUAGUAAUAAUCAUUCAUAUACUAUCUCUUGGCCCACUAG